AACCGGCUACCGUAAAGAUAGCUUAAACUUUCGCGGAAUAUUCAAAAUGGCGUCGGCAAGUCCUGGUUGCAGUAGAAAAUCUUCUCCAAGCAAUUCCCCAAGGAGAAGUAAAGGGGACAGAAUGAAUACUUCAUCUAGGUCUAAAAGUCAUAGGGAACCAGAUGCAGAUCAACCAUUACCAAACAUUAAUGAGAGAUUAGGUCACCUGAGACCGUCGAGAGAGUUGUUAGAAUAUUACAGAAAGAAGAUAGCCGAGUAUGAUGAGGAACAUGAGGGCCUUGUUUCCAAGCUGGAGGAAUACAAAGUCACUUAUGAAGAACAGCAUAAAAUGCAAUGGGAGUUGCGUCAGCGUGAGGAAGAGAUUGUAGAGCUGCAGAAAGCACUCAGUGACAUGCAGAUAUAUCUGUUCCAGGAGCGCGAACAUGUUCUACGAUUAUAUGCUGAAAACGAUAGAUUAAAGAUUCGUGAACUUGAAGACAAGAAAAAGAUUCAGCAGUUAUUGGCACUGAGUGGCACUCCAGAUCAUGAAAUCACAUAUUUCCACAAGGAGCCACCAGCUAAAGCUGUAGUAGAGCAGAAAGCGCCCAAACGACCACAAAGUGCCAAUCUACAAAACAAAAAAGAUGGUAAGAAACAGACGCAGGGAUCGGCAAAGAGUUCUGUAGCUUUGUCAGCAGACGAUAAAUAUCACCAUGAUAACCAGGCAUUGACUUUACAAGUAGAAUCACUCCAGUCACAAAUACAAGAACAGGCUAAACUUGCAAAAGAACAGGUACAAGCUCUUAUAGAAGACCGUCGUGUUAAAGAAGAAGAGCUUGAAACCAGACGGCAAAGAGACGAAGCCAAGAUACAUACACUUACAGAAAAGUUACAUAAAACCCAGGAUCUCUUGUACGAGAGUACGAAAGAUUUCCUCGAACUACGAUAUCAGGGUCGAGGACAUGAACGUAACUGGAUGGCUGAAAAAGACAAGCUUCUCCGAGACCUUGAUCAAUGUAAACAACAAAUGAACAGAAACAACAUAAAAGAGGACAUACUGAAUUCUUCUAACCUUUAUGAAAAUAGAUCCCAUUAUAUUGAAGAGUUGAAAUCUCUGGAGUAUCAACUACAACAGUCACAGAAGUUGUCAGAAAUGUAUAGAGAACAGGUGAUCCAGUUAGAGGAUGAGUUGUCACGGAUAAGAGAGGAAGGUGAUGUUACCAGGGAUAUAUUCAAGGACCGAGGGGAGAAAAUGAGUAAAAGGUUAAAGUUGAUGAAUCAGAGGUAUCAGGACUUGGAAAGACGACGUAACUUAGAAGUUGAAGGAUUUAAAACAGACAUUAAAAAUCUCAGGACUAGAUUGAAGGAAGUAGAAAGGCAACUUUAUAAGGUAACAAUAGGCUUCUCAGAGGACAUGGAUGUCAAGCGUCCGGACGAUCUAGAUAUGCAAAUAUUAAGGAAUAUACGUGCCACCUCAGGACGCUCGAAGAAAAUGGUCGGAGAACUGAAAAAUCUCAAAGCUAAAAUGUAUGGAAUAGAAAAUGAUUUGAAACACUUGUGAAUGAAUAAAUGACCUAGCAAAGCGAGCCAGAAAGUAUAUAUGUGUGUUAAAUAUAUGGGAUAAAAUUGAUUUAUUUAUUGUUCAAGUGCAACCUCUGCAAAGAAAUUACCUCUU